GUGACGUUCAAUAUACGCGACUUCACGCUGAACAGCAUGGUUGUUAGCGGAGACAUGCUUGUAGUGUUUUGAUCAAGCAAGUAGCUACAUUUGAUUACGGUACUAACAAAUAUGGAUGUGCAAUUAAAAGGAUCAGAUGAAGACGAGUUUGGAAUAGAGUGUGUUGUUCAAAAGGGAGAACAAAAAGCACCGUCUUGUGUUCACGGUCCCACCUUAUUAUUUGAGAAGGUCUGCGUAGGAGAGAAGAAAGGUCGGAGGUUUUAUGCAUGCUCUGCUUGCAGAGACAGGAAGGAAUGUGCGUUCUUUCAGUGGGAGAAUGAAAAGGUGUCUGAGGCCAGGCUUAUGGCCAGAGAGGAGGAGAACAGGUCAAAGAUGCCACCUUUUACACAUCAGGAGUACUGCAGCAGAUUCAGAAGAUUCCUAGCCCUCCCUCUAGGGAGGAGGUUUUGUCAGGACUGCCAGCUGCUUCUCCUGCCAGGGGAAUGGGAAACCCACGCAACUCAUAAGAUGUCACAAGCUGAUGACCUCACGGAGGCCCGGCUGAGCCGGCCCAGUCUGCUGCUGAAACCUCUGGAGAACAAGAAGAGCAACGCUCAGUAUUUGUUUGCUGACCGCAGCUGUCACUUCCUGUUGGACACCAUUGCCCAGCAGGGCUACAGGAAGGUGCUCUGUGUUGGGACUCCCAGACUCCAUGAGUUGAUCAAGCUCAGAAACCAGGAGGGUAAAGGUGAACCCAUGAAGACCUUGCUGCUGGACAUUGAUUUCAGGUACGCCCAGUUCAACGGCACUGAGGAGUUCUGCCACUACAACAUGUUCAACCAUCACUUCUUUGGCGGAGAGGCAGCGACAAAAGUCCUCCUAUCGUUUCUCAUUGAGAAGGACGGGGAGAAGGUGAUUAUGGUGACUGACCCUCCAUUCGGAGGUCUGACGAAACCCCUGGCCUGGAGUUUCUCCCAGAUCUCAGAGACUUGGAGCAAACUGCAGACGUUGGAGGCCAGCGAUGCAGAGGUGCCCAUGGUGUGGAUCUUCCCGUACUUCUUUGAGCCGCGCAUCCUGGAAUGUUUUCCCUCUUUCACCAUGCUGGACUACCAGUUGGACUAUGACAACCACCCACUGUACAAACACGGAAAGACGGGUAGGAAACAAUCCCCUGUACGUCUUUUCACGAACCUCAACCCCCAAGACGUUGUCCUACCGAAGGAGGAGGGCUACAGGUUCUGCAAAGUGUGCGCGCGGUACGUGUGGUCCGAGAACAGGCACUGCAGCAAAUGCAACGUGUGUCCUUCGAAGGACGGUCGCCAGUGGAAGCACUGCUCCGAGUGUCAGAAGUGCGUGAAGCCAUCCUGGCGCCACUGCCAAUCCUGUGGCCGCUGCGCCCUCCCGGGACAUCCCUGUGGGAACAGCCCGGGCCUUGAAGGCUGUUUCAUCUGCGGCAGCCUGAAGCACAAACGCAGGAACUGCCGCAACAAAGAGAAGCGGAGAAGCUGUAACUACCGUCCCAGCCGACCUGAGGCCAAGGAGGGCAGGACCCAGCCCAAACAAGCCAAGAAGCCCAAGAGGAAAUCUGGAGCCCAGCGCCGAGCCAACAAGCUGAGGAAGGCUGCAGAAUAGGUCUGGACCAGCAGGGCGCGGCCCGGGAGACGCUCUUGUCCACAGCGGUUGAAUGUUGCCGGGCCAGGCCGUGGGCCAACGCUCGGGUUGGUGUUCUGUACUGUCGAUAGUGACCUCGUUUAAAACCGCGUGACCGAGGCCUUUUGCUUAAUAAAAGUGAAAUAUGACUGGC